AUGAUGGAUCAGAGACAAAGCGUUUAUCCGGCGAAUCUGACGGAGUUACUGGCGGUGUCGGCUUACCAGCAGAAUGUUGACCGGCUGUCGGCCAUCGCCGACGGCGAGGAAAAGUACAACUCCGAAAAUUAUAUCGACAACGAGCGAUUCGACAACGCAGACCGCUCAUCCUCGCCAGUUUCCACCAUCGAAGACGGUGACAGUAGCCAAUCAGCCUUUGGCGUCGACUUAACUGGCAAAGGAACCAAUUUGGCCGGAAAAUCCUUCACCAUAGCCGCUAUAUUGGGCCUCACGAACUCCGAAGAGGAUGUUAUGAACCUAACUGUCCAGGAAAGACUACAGCAGAAUCAGAGACAAUUGCAGAGUUAUUUAUAUUCAGAACAUGACAUGCAAAGACUUAACGACGGUUUCUGCAGAAAUAUGGUGGUUCCCCAAAGCAUGAGGCAAGAUAGCCCGCGACCAGAUAUUCGGCCGACUGGGAACCAAAUAAAGAGCAGUAGGACCCAUUCCAUAUCCUGUUCUAAUAGUUCAGGGAGAAGUAAAAGGAUACGGACCAUCUUCACGCCCGAGCAGCUAGAGAGGUUGGAAGCGGAGUUCGAGCGGCAGCAGUACAUGGUGGGCCCCGAGCGGCUCUACCUCGCUCACGCUUUGCAACUCACCGAGGCACAGGUUAAGGUUUGGUUCCAAAAUCGGCGAAUAAAAUGGCGGAAGCACCACCUGGAAGUGACGCAGCAGAGACUUGCUGUCCUGCAGCGGCACCGUACUGAAGAGAGAGACGACGAUAUGUAAAUUCGCGCGGUAAAUACAAACAUAUGGCGAUGUAUGAGAGCGUG